CGCGAGCUGGCGGCCGGCAGGUGCCGGGACCGAGGACCACCCGGGGCGCAGAGGCGGCACCACCCACACGGAUCCCGUGGGCACCUAGAACUCCGCGGAGGACACGACGGUGAGGCUGAGACUGCCACAGGGAGGGGGGCGAUCCCCAGAGCCAGCCCGCGGCAUCCCCUGCGCGGGCCGCGGCGACUGCAGCUCGUUCUUCCCACCCUUAACCCCUCCACUCCGGCCAGCACCCCCGUCGGAUGAGGCACCAGGGAAAGAAAGACCGAGGCCCUUUCGGCGCCCCAUCCACCCUGCCCCCGCGAUCCCUCGCCGGGCCGGGGGCCUCCGGGGGAAUUCGGGCCCUUUAAACCUCCGCCUUCCCGGAGCAUCUUCCAUCUCCACCCGCGCCGCUUCCGACAGCUGGCGGCCGCGGGGAGCCCCGGGGGGCCGGCAGGUACGGGGGUGGCUGGGAGGUUGGGAGUGGGCGGUGGAACAGCUGUGACCGCCCCCACCCCCGGGGGAGCCGCGGCGGGACGGCUGGGCGCCCAAGCGCGCGUUAAUCAUUAACCCCCCGCGGCCCGGCUGCCAGGUAACGCGUGAGGAUGCCCUCCUCGCCACCACGCCUGUCGCCCCCUUAUCUCCCCCGCCACCUGUCGCCCUCAGGAGCUCCCGCUCGGCCUCGCGCCCCGGCAGGCCCCGUCCGGGUGCUGGAGUGAGACUCUCGCGCUGGCCUCUGGAGCGCGGGGUGGGCGUCCCGUCACCCUGCGCCCAGCUUCCCCGGCCGGUUCCCGCAGGGCCCGCCUCCCGGCGCCAUGCCCGGCCUGUACUGCCCCUCCAGCUGGACGCCGCUGCCGCUCACGGACUCCUGGGUCCGGGCCUGCGCCAACGGCCCCUGCCUCAGCGUGCGGGCCCGGCUCACCUACCGCAACCCGCAGCCGCAGCCGGUGGACGGCGUGUUCGUGUACCCGCUGGCCGAGGCCGAGGUGGUGUCCGGCUUCGAGGCCGAGGCCGCCGGACGGCGCGUCUCCUUCCAGCUGCAGAGCCGGCGCCGCUCGCAGGCCGCCUGCUGCCGCGCUCUGGGCCCCGGGUUGGGGACCCCGACGCCCCGCCGCUGCGCGCAGGGUCAUCUUGUCUUGGAUCUGGCCCAGGCCCGGUCCACGUUGGUGCUGCCCACAGGCCUUAUCGCCGCGGCUGGCACCAUGACGGUGACCCUGCACAGCAGCCGGGAGCUGCCCUCAAGGCCUGACGGGGUGCUGCAUGUGGCCCUGCCCACUGUGCUCACCCCGCUGGCCCCGCCAGGCCCGCCGGGGCCCCCCAGGCCUCCGGGGCUCUGUGACGACAGGUUGGGCCUAUGCCCCACCAGCUGCUUCGGGGUGGGCAGCCCUCAGGAGGAAGGGCUGGCCUGGGAGGAGCCGGCUGCCCCUCAGGACGUGUUCUCAGGCCCUGCCCGCUGCCCUGCCCCAUAUACCUUCUCCUUCGAGAUGCUGGUGACUGGGCCAUGCCUGCUUGCAGGCCUGGAGAGCCCCUCUCAUGCUCUGCGGGCAGAUGCCCCCCCUCAUGCCAGCUCUGCAGCCACCAUCUGUGUCACACUGGCAGAGGGCCACCACUGUGACCGGGCCUUGGAGAUCCUGCUGCACCCCAGUGAGCCCCAUCAGCCACACCUGAUGCUGGAGGGCGGCAGCCUGAGCUCAGCAGAAUAUGAGGCCCGGGUAAGGGCCCGCCGAGAUUUCCAGAGGCUACAGCGAAGGGACAGUGAUGGGGACCGGCAGGUGUGGUUCCUGCAGCGACGCUUCCACAAGGACAUCCUGCUGAACCCCGUGCUGGUGCUGAGCUUCUGCCCAGACCUGAGCUCCAAGCCCGGACACCUGGGGACAGCUACUCGGGAGCUACUCUUCCUUUUGGAUGGCAGCAGCGCAGCACACAAGGAUGCCAUUGUUUUGGCUGUGAAGUCCCUCCCGCCCCAGACGCUUAUCAACCUGGCCGUGUUUGGGACGUUGGUGCAGCCACUCUUCCCAGAGAGCCGGCCUUGCAGUGAUGAUGCUGUGCAGCUGAUCUGCGAGAGCAUUGAGACCCUGCAGGCUCCGAGUGGGCCCCCAGACGUGCUGGCUGCUCUGGACUGGGCCAUGGGGCAGCCCCAGCACAGGGCCUACCCUCGGCAGCUGUUCCUGCUCACUGCUGCCUCACCCAUGCCUGCCACUACCCACCAAACCCUGGAGCUCAUGAGGUGGCACAGGGGGACAGCCAGAUGCUUCUCCUUUGGGCUGGGGCCCACCUGCCACCAGCUGCUCCAGGGUUUAUCUGCCCUCAGCAGAGGUCAGGCCUACUUCCUGAGGCCUGGGCAGAGGCUGCAGCCCAUGCUGGUGCAGGCUCUGCGGAAGGCACUGGAACCUGCUUUGAGUGACGUCUCUGUGGACUGGUUUGUGCCGGACACUGUGGAGGCACUGCUCACCCCCCGGGAGAUCCCAGCACUCUACCCUGGGGACCAGCUGCUCGGUUACUGCUCACUCUUCAGGGUGGAUGGCUUCCGGUCCCGCCCACCAGGGGGCCAAGAGCCUGGCUGGCAGAGCUUGGGUGGGUCCGUGUUUCCAUCCCCAGAAGAGGCCCCAUCUGUUGCCAGCCCUGGCACUGAGCCCACUGGCACCUCAGAGCCACUGGGAACAGGCACUGUAUCAGCAGAACUGUCCAGCCCAUGGGCUGCCAGGGACUCGGAGCGGACAGGUACUGAUGCUCUGACAGACCCAGUCACGGAUCCUGGACCCAACCCCUCUGACACAGCCAUAUGGCGCCGCAUCUUUCAGUCCUCGUACAUUCGGGAGCAGUAUGUGCUCACCCACUGCUCUGCCAGCCCCGAGCCAGGCCCAGGCUCCACAGGCAGCAGUGAGUCCCCAGGCUCACAGGGCCCUGGCUCCCUCGAAGGUAGUGCUCCCUUGGAGCCCCCUUCUCAGCAGGGCUGCCGCAGUCUGGCCUGGGGAGAACCUGCAGGCUCCCGCUCCUGUCCCCUGCCUGCACCCACACCAGCUCCAUUCAAGGUGGGGGCCUUGAGUACUGAGGUGCUGGGCCGUCAGCACAGAGCGGCUCUGGCUGGCCGAAGCCUCUCAUCCCCUCCAGGCCGGGCAAACCAAGUCCCCGGCCGACCCCGGAAACCCUCUUUGGGUGCAAUACUAGAUGGCCCAAGUCCUGAGCCAGGCCAACAAUUGGGACAAGGCCUGGAUGACUCAGGAAACCUGCUCUCCCCAGCCCCCAUGGACUGGGACAUGCUGAUGGAACCACCCUUCUUAUUCACGGCUGUGCCUCCUAGUGGGGAGGCCCCUCCAGCAGUGCCUCCCCAGGCUCCACGCUGCCAUGUGGUGAUCCGGGGCCUGUGUGGGGAGCAGCCUAUGUGCUGGGAGGUGGGUGUUGGGCUGGAGACACUGUGGGGACCUGGAGAUGGCUCACAGCCUCCCUCACCUCCUGUAAGAGAAGAUGCUUGGGACCAAGCACUCCAUCGGCUGACGGCAGCCUCUGUGGUCCGGGACAAUGAGCAGCUGGCCCUCAGAGGAGGGGCAGAGACCACAGCUGACCGGGGCCAUGCCCGGAGGUGCUGGCUUCGAGCCCUUCAGACAAGUAAGGUCAGCUCUGCCCCCUCCUGCUUCACUUGCCCUGUAGCUGUGGAUGCUACUACUAGGGAGGUCCUGCCUGGGGCCCUGCAGGUGCGCAGCUCAGAGCCCGCUGAGCCCCCAGGUACCCCUCCUGCCUCUCACAGCCAUCUAGAUGCAGCUCCUCUGCCCACUGUUGUCUACUCUAAAGGACUUCAGAGAGGCUCUCCAGCAGGCGCCUGGGACUUGGACCAAAAUGGCAGCUCCAAGUGUGCUUUGGGGGACCCUGCCACUCCCACGGAAGGUCCUCACCGCCCACCUCUCCGUCCUCCCUGUCGGCUCAACAUGGGCCGCCGUCACAAACUCUGUAGCCCUGACCCUGGCCAGGCCAACAACAGUGAAGGCAGCGACCAUGACUACCUGCCCUUGGUGCGGCUGCAGGAGGCACCAGGCUCCUUCCGCCUGGACGCGCCCUUCUGUGCCGCUGUGCGCAUCUCGCAGGAGCGCCUCUGCCGCGCCUCGCCCUUUGCCGUGCACCGCGCCAGCCUCAGCCCCACCUCGGCCUCAUUGCCCUGGGCACUUCUGGGCCCUGGUGUUGGCCAGGGUGACAGUGCCACGGCCUCCUGCAGCCCGUCCCCCAGCUCGGGCUCCGAGGGGCCAGGCCAGGUGGACAGUGGGCGGGGCUCAGACACCGAGGCCUCCGAGGGGGCGGAAGGGCUGGGCGGCACCGACCUGCGGGGCCGGACCUGGGCCACUGCCGUGGCACUCGCCUGGCUGGAGCACCGAUGCGCCGCUGCCUUCGGCGAGUGGGAACUGACAGCGGCCAAGGCUGAUUGCUGGCUGCGGGCCCAGCACUUGCCUGACGGCCUUGACCUGGCCGCCCUCAAGGCCGCAGCCCGGGGGCUCUUCCUGCUCCUGCGCCACUGGGACCAAAACCUGCAGCUACACCUGCUGUGCUACAGCCCAGCGAACGUGUGAAGGCCGCCCGCUGCUGCUUGGGCUGGCGCCCCACCCAACACACUCAAGUCACUGCCGCCCAGGGCUGGCCUCUUGGUGCUGGGAAAGUGUAGGCUGGUGCCAGCCUGUCCCCCACUGCUUCUUACUCCCUCCCUAGAGCCCUCUUGCCCCCACAAAAAGUGCCUGCCUGUGCUCUCUCCCGCUCCUCCCACCCCACUCACACUCCCCUCCAUCCUCUGAGCUCCCUGCAGCCCAGUGGAAGGGUAGAGAGCCACAGUCCCCAAAUCCUAUGCAAUAAAGUGCCUCUUAA